AUGUACAGUAACGUCCUUACCACCGACUACAAAUCGCAUCCUCAUGACACCAUGAAAGCGGCACAGUGGAUGGGUUCNAAAAGGAUUGAGGUCAAUACCGUUCCCAAACCUGUCGUUACUGCCGCCAAAGAUGCCAUUGUUCGGAUCACUCAUUGCACCAUCUGCGGCUCCGAUCUUCAUAUGUAUGUUGGCGAGCUCAAUCAAGCCAUGCAGAAAGGUGACAUCAUGGGCCACGAGGCCAUCGGAAUUGUCGAAGACGUUGGUCCGGAUGUUGAGACACUCCAGAGAGGUGAUCGAGUCAUUAUUCUUCCCGUUAUUGCUUGUGGAGAAUGCUUCUACUGCCAACGACAAGAGUAUUCCUUAUGCGACACGACGAACCCUAGCAAAGAGAUGGAGACCAUGUGGGGACACCGUCUCUCAGGAAUCUUCGGCUAUUCGCAUCUGACUGGGGGCUAUCCUGGCAAUCAAGCAGAGUGGUGUCGCGUACCGAACGCAGAUCUGGUCUGUGUCAAGACCGCCAUGGAUGUCGACGCCAGGAAACUGGUCGCUCUUGCCGACGUGACACCCACAGCAUGGCAUGGUUGCGAGCUGGCUGAGGUCUCCAAGGGAGACGUCGUCGGCGUCUGGGGGUGUGGAGCGAUCGGGCUCUCCAUCCAAGCACUGUCGAUCUUCCGUGGUGCGAAAAAGGUCUACGCGAUAGANAAAGAUCCUGCCCGUCUUGCCAUUGCUCGAUCUUUGGGCGCCGUUCCCAUCAACGUCAACGAGCAUAGUGAUGUCGCUGACUACAUCCUCUCUAUUGAGCCUCAUGGGCUAGACAAAGGCAUCGAGGCCAGCGGUUUUCGUAGCGAAACAUCUGCCACUCAUACUUUGAUGCGCAAAGUCGAUCUGGAGGGCGACCAAGGCGACACCGUCACAUCUGUCAUCAGGGCCACGAGAAAGUGCGGCAACAUCGCUCUUAUCGGUGACUUCUUCUUCAACACCAAUCAAUUCCCGACCGGCAUGCUCAUGGAAAAGACCAUCACACUUCGCGGUGGUCAACUGAUGGCUCAGAAGAUCAUUGACUACUCGACAGAUAAAUUCGAAAACAUUGCAGAGAAUUAUGCUCUGUUCAAUGAGCACAAGAUUCCGGGUGGUCUCAAAGUAUGUUUAGCUACUGAGUUUGGUGGAUCUUUGGGCACGUCUACUUGA